AUGCGUGGACAAUUUGUCAGAGCUUCCAAGUAUAGACAUGUGUUCGGGCAGGCAUUCAAAAAAGAACUCUGCUAUGAGAACUUAAAGGCCACUCUGAAUGCAUUUGAUUCUAACCUUUUGCAAUGUAACGGCAAAUAUAUCAUCAUAAAUGCCAAUGGUAUUGGCUCUAUCGUCGUUGUUCCUGUGGGAGAGACAGGUAAAGCACCAGAGAAAGUGCCGAUGUUUAGAGGCCAUGCCGGUGGUAGUGUCAUGGAUACUGCAUUUGAUCCAUUUGACGACCAGAAGUUUGCGUCUACUGGUGAAGAUGGUAAGAUUUUGCUAUGGGAGAUUCCAAAGGAUUACAGCUUUAUCCACAACGAUCCCAAAAAUAUUGUUGACGUUAAACCAGUUGGAGAAUUGACAGGCCACACAAGAAAGGUGGGCCAUGUUGCCUAUAAUCCAGUAGCCAAAGAUGUUCUAGCUUCGUCUGCUUUUGACUACAGCGUGAAAAUAUGGAACGCUGCCACAAAGCUAUGCGAAGUGAAUCUACAGCAUAGAGACUUUGUCACCUCUUUCUGUUUCAAUUAUGACGGUACCAAAAUUGCCACUACUUGCAGAGACAAGAAAAUCCGUGUCUGGGACGUCAGAUCGGGAAAACUGCUUUGUGAGGGUUCUGGUCAUCCUGGAGCAAAGGCUUCGAGAAUCGUCUGGCUUGGCAACACCGAGAGACUUCUGACCACCGGCUUUGAUAGAUACUCCGAGAGACAGUUGGGUGUCUGGAAGGCUGAUGCUAUUGAUGAGGGUCCAAUUGGCGGUUUCUACUCUGUGGACUCUUCUUCAGGUAUCAUGAUGCCCUUCUACGAUCCCUCUACGAACAUGCUUUUCAUAGGCGGAAAGGGUGACGGUAAUAUUCGUUAUUACGAAUUCGCUGAUGAUGAACUCUACGAAAUAUCCGAGUUUCAAUCUACAGAUGCUCAGCGUGGACUGGCCGUAACUCCCAAGAGAUCGGUCAACGUUAAGGAAAAUGAGAUUGUUCGUGCCUAUAAGCUCCUUAAUGACAAUUCAGUUGAACCAAUUUCGUUCAUUGUUCCGAGAAGAUCUGAGAUGUUCCAGGAAGAUAUUUAUUCCGAUGCACCUGCUGUGAUUCCGGCAAUGACUGCCGAGGAGUAUUUCUCUGGAAAGACUGUUCCAGGUCCUAUUUUGAUGUCCAUGAAAGAUUUGUACGACGGUAAGGUCAAUCCAGAGACUAAGAACUCUGUGGCGAGACCAGAAGAGAAGCCGAAAGAAAAGGCCAAGGAAGAAGUCAAGGAAGAAAUCAAAGAGGUCAAGGAAGAACCUUCUAGACCCAUAUUUGUCAAGUCUCAAGAACAAGGUGUGGACAAUAUGUUAAAAGAAAAGGCUGUUAACGGACUCUUGGAUAAGGUGAACAAUUUGUCCGAUGAUGAUACACAGGACGUUGAUUUCGGAGACAAUAAGGCGUGGGAACCUGAAAGUGAACCAAAGAUGCCAAGAAAUCCAUCGGAGAGAGCGAAAUCGGAGGAACCGGAGAAAACAGAGGAACCGGAGAAAGCAGAGAAAGCAGAGAAAGCGGUGAAAUCGGUGAAAGCGGAGAAAGCGGAGAAACCAGAGAAACCAGAGGAGACUAAGAACUCGAAAUCAGAGGAUUCUAAGCCGGAGAAAACGGCGGAGAAGGCAGUCAACGAACCGAAAGUAAUCAAACCAACUCCAGCCACUACAUCUAUUCCCCGGACUGUUGGUCUAAAAGCCAAUGUGGAAAAACUACAAGUAUUGAUUACCAAACUUGAGAGUACCAUCGACAAACUUAUCGAGUCCAAUCUUGAUAAGGAUGCACGUCUAAAGUCAUUAGAAUGCAAGGUGGAAACCCUGUUGAAGCAGUAA